CUAAUGGGGCUAGCUGGCUAGCUCCUUCGAUUCCAUCGCCUCACCAUGAAAAAUGAUCUCCUGCUGCAAGCAUUAUAUAUUUGCGCUCUCCUGCACCUUGGAUUAGGUUCCAUAGCUUUGCUAAAAUAUCUUGUAUGCUAUUCAUCAAACAGGUGGCGAUCUUUUUUUACAGGAUUAAAAGAAAAAAAUACGAAAGGAAAAGCCUUAGAAACUGAAAAAGGAGGCAACAAAUUAUGGUAGAAACCGCGGGUUGUUGUGGAUUACUACAAGCAUGUUGCCAUCGCCAUGACCCUCAAAAAUACAUUAUCCAAGGAGAAUUUGAGAUCGAUCGCAGUCCUUGGUUCUCCCUCUGUGCCUCUGGAUUAUCUGUUGUUGUUAGGCUUUAUAGCCAAGACAACACGGAUCCAAUCACAAGAAAAGGGAUUGAAAGUGAGAAUGCAUAUGUAAUGAAGGGGAAAGAGCUGGAAAGGAAAAAACACGAAGUCUUAAACAUGAAGGUGCCCACGAAAGUGAUCAAAUUCAAAUUGAAGUUCGAGGUGACGCAAGAUUUCGGGAUUCCAGGGGCUUUUGUUGUUGAAAACAGAGAUAAGAAGCAUGAGUUUUUCCUCAAAUCCGUCACAUUGCAUUACAUUAAGCAUCCAAAUCUCGAGGAAUGAAAGUUUCAUUUUUAUUGCGGUUCUUGGGUUUACCCCAUUACCAAGACCGAAUUUAAACGGAUUUUCUUCUUAGAUCAAUUAUAUCUUCCGAAGAAAACACCACAGGGUUUAGUAGAAUUGAGAAAAAAAGAACUUCAAAAACUACAAGCCCCAAGACCGAAGGGUGAAUGGAACCCAUGUGAUAGAAUUUAUGAUUAUGAUGUCUAUAAUAAUCUUGGAGAUCCUGAAAAUGGUCGACUGUAUGAUAGACCUGUGUUGGGUGGUUCCACUAAAUUUCCAUACCCACGUCGGUUGAAAACGGGCCAUCCUAAUUGCCAACACGACCAUUCAAGGGAGUCAGGACCAGCAAGCUGCUUCCAGUUUUAUGUUCCACCCGAUGAGCGAAUGAGCGACGAAAAACUACAAGAACUGAAAGACAACUUCGUCGAGGCUCUUAUUCGAUUUCUUGGGCCGGAAUCAACGCUCCCACACUUGUGGGAUCGAGAAUGUCCCGACUUCAUCACCAGAGUUGCACAUUUCUUUGUACCCAAGGCAGCUAUAUCGAAGAAAGAUGUUAGAUUCAUUCGAUCCAUAAUAGAUUUCUGUAGAAAGCUAAAAUUACCAUCUUCUCAUGGAGGUCCCAGCAGGUCAGAUCCAAGUGAGGAACAAGACAUUUUUGAAGACAUUAUAGGCUUUUAUGCAGACAAAGAAGUGGAAGAACUGGAUAAUUCGGACAAGCAGAGGCUAGAAAAAUUGGUACCCAAGGAAAUUCUUAACCAAGUUGUUGCCACUCUUGCUCUCAAAAGACGACAUGUCAGUGCUCAAUUGCCUUCAAUUAUAGCAGAGGAAAAAUUCGCUUGGGCUGAGGACAAGGAGUUUGGUCGCCAAAUGCUUGCAGGAACAAAUCCUGUUCGAAUCCGGAAGUGCAAGUGGCAGGAUGAGGAAGUCUCACUUCUUGGGAAAAUUUUCAGGAAAAUGCAGGAUUCUCCUUCUGACUCAUCUAAAGAUGGUGAGCCAGAGGAAAUGAAGUCGAACCCGCAAGAAUGGGAAGAUUUGUUUAAGCCGGAAAUGAAGUCGAACCCACAGAAACGGAAAGAAUAUUUGCUUAAGGUUCAACAGGAAAAGCAGUAUAACCAGCCGCAAUGGCGAGAUUUUUUUAAGGCACUGGUAAACGAUAGGGUAUUCAUCUUGGAUCAUCAUUACCUUGAGCGAUUUCUGACAAUGAUAAAUGGGAAAGGUGUUUGUGCUUACGCAACUCGAACAAUACUAAUAGCUUCGACAUCAUCGUCCGCAACGCUUCAACCAAUAGGAAUAGAACUAAGCUUGACUGGUGACUCUACUAGAUUGUUGGUUCCACAAGAUACUCCCCUAUGGGAGUUUGCAAAAUUUCACGUUGCAUCCAACGAUACAGCUUACCACCAGUUAGUUAGCCAUUGGUUGCAUACACAUGCUGUAGUUGAGCCAUUCAUAAUUGCCACAAGGAGACAGUUGAGCGUAAUGCAUCCAAUCCAUAGGCUAUUGGAUCCUCAUUUCAAAGACACACUGCAUAUAAAUGCAUUGGCUCGAGCCAUCUUCCUUAAUGCUGGAGGGAUUCUGGAGACUCUUCUUUUUACUGGUGAAUACUCCAUGGAAUUGUCUUCUGACUUGUAUAGAGAAUGGAGAUUUGAUAAGCAGGCUCUUCCUGAAGACCUUCUCGAAAGAGGUAUGGCGAAACCCAGAGUUAGAGAUGAGGUUGUGUCGGGGCCAAUGGAGCAUGUAGAGAGUGACAAAUCAAGCAACAAGGCGGCGAAAGGUGCAGAACAGGAGAUGUUUGAGGUUGACGCUGAGGUGGAGCUGGUUUUAGAAGACUAUCCCUACGUAAAAGAUGGAAUUGAGAUAUGGACAGCCAUUGAAACAUGGGUGACAGAAUACUGCAAUGUUUUCUACCAUAACGACAAUGAUGUGAAGGAAGAUGAGGAAAUCCAAGAAUGGUGGAAUGAAAUCAAAACGAGAGGACAUGAAGAUCGAAAGGAGGGAUGGUACGACAUUAAUACAUUCGAAAGCCUCGUAAAAGCUCUGACAACUCUCAUAUGGAUCACUUCAGGAUUGCAUGCAGCAGUGAACUUCGGACAGUACGGAUACGGGGGUUGGCCACCAAAUCGUCCCAUGUUAUUGAGAAAAUUCCUCCCAAGAGACGAAGAAAUAAAGGAAGAUAAGGAUAUCUUCAAGUUCGUGGAGGAGAUGUUGCCUGAUAAGUUCCAAAUGAAGUUGGCAAUUGCGGUAAUGGAUCUUCUGUCACGGCAUACAUCAGAUGAGGUUUAUUUGGGUCAAACAUCACCCCAAAAAGAGCGGCCAUUGAUUGAGGAUCACGAGUCUAUAAUUCAGAAAAAGUUUAAAGAAUUCAGGGGAAACCUUGAAGCAAUAGAGCGAAAUAUAAAGGAGAGGAAUAAAGAAUAUCUUUUAAUGAAUAGAUGGGGAAAUGCAAAGAUUCCGUACAAGCUCUUGUACCCUGAUACAUCAAAAUCCAUCCCUCUAACGGCUAAGGAGAAAGGGAAACAUCAUCCUGAGAAGGCGGAUAUUAAUGAAAGUGGAAUCUCUAACAGUAUUUCCAUUUAAUGUUUUCGGCUAUUUUACCCAUCUUAUCUAAUUUUUUUUUAACAUUUAUAAAAAUAAUCAUAGUUCAAAAA